AUGAGCACCGCAUACCGUGAAGGCUACAGCUACAACCCCGCGACGGCCUCAUACUACAUCGACAAACGGCCAUCGCACCCCCCGCCGCCACCGCUGCCACCAAAGGAGCUCGAGGCAGGAGCAUACAACAUCACAAAGGAGACGCACCACGGCUUCGCUGAGCUGGAGGGAGACUCGUCGGACGUCGGGCGCUUAAGCCUCGAUGACAAAUCGGCCACCAGCUCCCACAACGGCGAGAGGCCGCGAAAGAAGGAGAAGCGCAAAGAGAAGGGAGCCAAGCCAGCGAAAAUAGUCACUCCGGUGAAGACGAAGAGGAAAUUGCGCAUAUUGUCGUUAGAUGGCGGUGGCAUUAGGGGAUACUCGAUUCUUGUCAUCCUGGGCGAACUGAUGCACCAGAUCUACGUGCAGACGCACAACGGAAAGGGUCCGAAAUCACCGUCCGAGCUUCCUCGCCCUUGCGACUACUUUGACAUCAUCGGGGGAACGGGUACGGGCGGUCUGAUUGCGCUCAUGCUCGGGCGCAUGCGUAUGGAUAUUGAGUCAUGCAAGGAAUACUAUGUCGAGCUAACCCGCUACGUCUUCAUCACCGACAAGACCGUCAUGGGGGUCCCGUACGGCAAGACACUGUUCAAGUCUUCACGCCUGGAGGAUGCUAUCAAGCACUGUGUCCGAGAGAGCACACGGUUUGACUUUGACAAGAUCAUCCCGCACUCGCCGCCGCCGCCAAGCCCGCCCCCACCGCACAUCAAGAAUAAGCGCACAAACUCGUGGCGUGGGCGGCGCAGUUCCUCACACGAUUCUCAAGAGCAGACCCGUGGGCGCCGCGGCUCACCAAGUAACCCAUCACGACGGACUCGGGGACAAGGAAACGCCGAGGCACCACUUCUUGAUACCCGACCAGGCGCAUGCAAGACGUUCGUGACAGCGGUGUACAAAGGGACGCCACCCAACAGCUCAAAUCCGCCAGCUCUCCUACGGACAUAUCCUUCCCGCGGCGAGUCCGUCCCCAGCUAUAACUGCACCAUCUGGCAGGCUGGCCGUGCCACCUCCGCAACCCUCAGUGCCUUCAAACCAAUCACUGUCGGACAGAACACAUUCCUGGACGAAGGCAGCGGUCGGUACAACCCCGCGCAGCAGGUCCUUGAGGAAGCACACUUGCACGAGUACCCUGAUGACGAGAUCUCUGUCUUUAUCUCUAUCGGGACUGGAAAACGCCCUGACGGCCCCGCGCCCGCAUCUAACUCCCGCCACCACCACAGUCACGCCCAUAACACGGGUGAGCGACAGCCAUGGUGGGAGGGCAUCAUCGCAACGCCCUUUGAGGACUUUACCGAAGCACGGCGUAAGCUAAUGGCCAAGCUCGACGACUGCGAGCGUGUCCACCGGGCACUGAUCGACCCUGAAGACGGCGGUCGCCCAGGGCUCGCCAAGAUGGGAGUAUCUCGCGAAGACUACUACCGUUUUAAUGUCGAAGUCGGCGUGGGCGAGUUUGCACUGAAUGAGUGGAACCGGCUUGCGGAUGUCUCAACGAAUACACGGCGGUAUCUAGGCAUGCGGGAAACUGCGAAGCUGGUGCGCGAGUGUGCUGGUAAGAUGGUAAUGAUUGAGAAGCUCAACAACCCCGACACCGCACUAACACCUAUGCGGCCGACGUUCUCACAGUCGUCCUCAUCCUCCUUCAACUCGCCUCCGCUACCACCGAAGAAGGAACUAGAGGAGACUUCUGGGAUCGCGGAACUUAGUGCUGAGAUUCAGCGUGCAGAGGCAGAAUGGACGGACGCACGGCAGAAGGAGUUGGUGCAUCCGUCGCAGCGACCUUUCUCGCCCAUUGAACAGAUCGUGCAGUAUCCCCUACAUCCUGUCGAGCAGCCGUUAUUCUCGCCGCCUCCGGCAUCACCGCCAAAGCCACCCAAGGUGGGGAAGCCACUUUAUCCGGAUGAGGAGAACGGGAUUCAUUACCAGGCGGUGAUGAACCCAGAGAUUAGAGUGACGAGUCCGACAACGGUGGCGGGCGAGGACAGUGAAGAUGAGAGGGAGAGGAGAAAGAUUGCAGAAGCAAGGAGACGAAGAAGAAGUAGGAGUGGGAGUACGAGUAAGAGGAGGUAG